CGGACGAUGGGCGCUUCAGUGAAGAGGCUACAUCUGGAGCCGAACCCGAGCACAUUCGCUCACCUGCUCGCUCGCGCGCUGCCUUAGUCUCCAUUUCAGUGGCAAUAAAGUAGCGGACUGACGUGCAUCUGCGUCUCUUCUGUACAGUAUUAUUAUUACUACUACUACUGUUAUACGUCCCUGCAGCACGGUGCAGAGUGGGGGUGCUCGGUGUGGAAACGGUGUGCACGCCCGCCGGUUAAUGCGCCGUGGAUUUUGCGCUGUGGUCAGGUGACGUUAUUCCGCUCCCUCCAGCAGCACCGUUACGCAGCCUGCUUCCCCCGGACUCGCUCGGUGGGGGGGCCUUUAUGCUGGCUCCAUGAUUCCCGCACGCUUCUCGCUGUGAAGCAAGACGCAUGCGUCGACAAGCUCCGGACAGAUAUUGCCCCGGCGUGCUCACAGCGGCGUAGCCUCGUCGGUGGAGCGGCAUGAAAUCCUGGUGCUCUUCCUCGGAUAUAACAUGCAGCACAAUGGAUUCGUGACUACGGAGUGAUUUUUUUUUAUUUGCUGCAGUGGCGGGUUUCUCGUGGACGGGGGAAAAAAAUAUAUUCCUGCGGUGUCAUCUGCACCGUUGUCUGGUGCCGUUGAGUUUUGGGGGAGCUCUACGCUGGAAAAAGAUUAGGACCUUGGUGCUCGCUUGUUUGGUAAUCAAACUGGAUAUUCAUUUAUUUUGCAAUCGUGAGUGGCUCCAGCAAAUCGGGUGACCCUGGUAAGCAUGCCACGCCAGAUUGUGCUGAUGUUGCCAGGGAUGCUUUGAUCUCCGCACCGCCGCACGGAAGCUCGCUGCUGUGAUCGGCUGCUCCUCCCUGCUUCCUGGUGGCUCGGUGCCGUUUUUGGGGAGCCUCGCUUUUUUCGUUUUUCGGCACUCAUUUUUCCUGUUGUCCAAUCCGUUGGAAAUUAAUUCGUUGAUUUUAUGAAGAUUAUUUAUUUGAAUUGGCACCACGAUUCAUCUGCGUCGGCCACGCUCGUUGGGCGAGCGUUGACGGGAGGGAGCGUGAGGGCUUCCGCCGCGUCAGCGCUGGGUGCGCUCCGCGAUGGCUCAUGCUGCAUCCCAGCUCAAGAAGAACCGAGACCUCGAGGCGAUCCUCGAUCCCGCCGAGCUAAAGCGCGAACGCCGCCGCCGAUCCCGCGAACGCAAGCGGAAGUCAGACGCGGCGACCAGCUUCUUGCGCGCUGCUCGCAAUGGGAACCUUGAGAGGCUCAUGGACCACCUCAAGGGAGGCAUGGACAUCAACACCUGCAACCAGAACGGGCUCAACGCGCUGCACCUAGCGUCAAAGGAGGGCCACGUGGACGUGGUGACCGAAUUGCUGAAACGAGAGGCGGAGAUCGACACGGCCACCAAGAAAGGAAACACAGCGUUACACAUAGCAGCGCUCGCUGGCCAGACAGACAUUGUCAGAGUUCUGGUGGAGUUUGGUGCCAACAUCAAUGCUCAAUCACAGAAUGGCUUCACCCCGCUCUACAUGGCAGCGCAGGAGAACCACUUGGAGAUUGUCAAGUUUCUGCUGGACAAUGGGGCCAACCAGAGCGUGGCAACAGAGGACGGCUUCACCCCACUGGCCGUGGCACUCCAGCAGGGCCACGAGCAGGUGGUGGGGCUGCUACUUGAGAGCGACACAAAGGGUAAAGUGCGGCUGCCGGCGCUGCACAUCGCCGCGCGCAAGGACGACACUAACGCCGCCGCGCUGCUACUGCAACAUGAGCACAACGCCGACGUCACCUCCAAGCUCUCGCAGAUGAUGCUGAACCAAACCACUGAGAGUGGCUUCACCCCCCUGCACAUCGCGGCGCACUACGGCAACAUGAAUGUGGCCACGCUGCUCCUCAACCUGGGCGCCGCGGUCGACUUCACGGCACGGAAUGGCAUAACUCCCCUCCACGUGGCCGCCAAGCGAGGGAACAACAACAUGGUGAAGCUGCUGCUUGACCGGGGAGCAAAGAUCGACACCAAGACCAGGGACGGACUGACGCCGUUGCACUGUGCUGCCCGGAGUGGGCACGAGAAGGUGAUUGAGAUGCUGCUGGAGAGAGACGCUCCAAUCCUGGCCAAGACCAAGAACGGGCUGUCCCCGCUGCACAUGGCGACACAGGGGGAGCAUCUGGCGUGCGUGCAGCUCCUGCUGGGACGCCAGGCGCCCGUGGACGACGUCACGCUCGACUAUCUCACGCCGCUGCACGUCGCCGCACACUGCGGCCACUACCGCGUGGCCAAGCUGCUGCUCGACCGCGGCGGGGAGCCCAACGCGCGGGCGCUGAAUGGCUUCACACCUUUGCACAUUGCGUGCAAGAAGAACAGGAUCAAGGUUAUGGAGCUUCUCCUGAAGCACGGAGCAUCCAUACACACCACCACGGAGUCUGGCCUCACUCCUAUACACGUCGCCUCCUUUAUGGGACAUCUCAACGUGGUGCAGCUUCUAUUACAGAAUGGGGCUUCUUCCAACGCCACCAACGUUCGCGGGGAGACGCCGCUGCACAUGGCCUCGCGAGCUGGGCAGCUGGAGGUGGUGAAGACGCUGCUGCAGAGUGGGGCACGCGUGGGCGUCAAGGCGCGGGAGGACCAGACGCCGCUGCACAUCGCUUCGCGGCUGGGCAAGGCGGAGAUCGUGCAGCUGCUGCUGCAGCGAGGCUCCGACCCCAACGCGCCAACCGCCAGCGGCUCCACGCCGCUCUACUUUGCCUCCAGGGAGGGCCACGGCGACGUUGCCUCGCUGCUGCUGGAGAACGGCGCCGACAUCUCGCCGGUUACCAAGAAAGGGUUCACGCCACUCCACAUUGCCUCCAAGUACGGCCGACUGGAAGUCGCCACUUUACUUCUGGAGAAAUACGCGUCUGCUGACCCCAAGGGCAAGAACGGACUGACCCCGCUGCACGUGGCCACGCACUACGACCAUCAGAAAGUGGCGCUGCUGCUGCUCGACAAAGGGGCCUCCCCGCAUUCAACUGCCAAGAACGGCUACACUCCGCUGCACAUCGCGGCCAAGAAGAACCAGCUGGAGGUGGGGAAGGUGCUGCUGGAGCUGGGAGCGGAGACCAACGUGCUGACCCAGCAGGGUGUGGCGCCGCUGCACCUGGCCGCCCAGGAGGGCCAUGCAGACAUGGUGGCGCUUCUCCUGGGGCGACACGCCAGCAUUAGCCUUGCUACCAAGGGUGGCCUCACAGCCAUGCACCUCGCCGCUCAAGAGGACAAAGUGAACGUGGCGGAAAUCUUGACGAAGCAUAAAGCUGACGUGAACACCACCACCAAGCUCUGCUACACACCACUGCAUGUGGCAAGCCACUACGGAAAUAUCAAGAUGGUGAACUUCCUUUUACGAAACAGAGCCCUCGUCAACGCCAAGACCCGGAACGGCUACACGCCGCUUCACCAGGCUGCGCAGCAGGGGCACACGCACGUGGUCAACGCCCUUCUGCAGCAUGAAGCUUCCCCUAACGAGCUGACCACCAACGGAAACACUGCGCUGGCCAUCGCACGGCGCCUCGGCUACAUCUCCGUGGUGGACACGCUCAGCAUCUUGACCGAGGAGCCCGUGACGGGCGUCAACACGGUGAUAGAGAAGCACAAGUUGAACGUUCCUGAGACCAUGAAUGAUGCGCUAGACCUUUCUGACGACGAAGGUGAGGACGGGAUGGCCGGGGGUGAGUACCUCCGCCCGGAGGAUCUCAAGGAGCUCGGUGACGACUCUCUUCCCUCGAGCCAGUUUCUAGCUGACAGCAUCACUUACCUGGGCUCCGCCAGCCUGGCCAGGGGCCUCUCUGCCAGUUUGAUGCCAAGCUUGCGUUCGUUCAGUUCCGACAGGUCGUUCACGCCCAGCCGCGGCUCGCUGCUCCGAGACAGUGGCUCGCUGCUCCGAGACAGUGGCUCGCUGCUCCGGGAGAGCGGGCCCCUGCUUCGCGACAGCGCUCACAACGAGGAGUUCCUCUCGCCGCCCGGCAUGCAGUCACGGCCGCUGUCGAUGCCCCGAGAUCUGGACCGAGCAGCCUCCUUGCGGCAGCAAAGUUGGACUCCGGGAAUCACCGACAACGUUACCUUUCACCGCAGCCCGAUUCAGUCUGGCUUCCUCGUGAGCUUCAUGGUGGACGCCCGUGGCGGCUCAAUGCGGGGCAGCCGUCACAACGGCCUGCGCAUUGUGAUCCCUCCGCGCAAGUGCGAGGCGCCGACGCGGGUCACGUGCCGGCUGGUGCGCCGGCCCCGCCUGGCCGUGCCGCCGCCCAUGGUGGACGGGGAGGGCCUGGCAAGCCGCCUCGUGGAGGUGGGGCCCGCGGGGGCGCAGUUUCUCGGUAAGCUACACCUGCCGAGCACGCCCCCCCCUCUGAACGAGGGAGAGAGCUUGGUUAGCCGCCUGCUGCAGCUGGGCCCCGAGGGGACCUCUUUCAUAGGGCCGGUGCUCGUGGAGAUCCCGCACUUCGCUUCGUUGCGCGGCCGCGAGCGGGAGCUCGUCGUGCUGCGCAGCGGCGAUGGAAAGACGUGGAAGGAGCACCAGAACGACUGCAAGAACGACGACCUCAACGACGUGCUCAACGGCAUGGACGAAGAGCUCGAUUCGCUGGAGGAGCUCGAGAGGAAGCGCAUCUGCCGCAUUGUGACGCGCGACUUCCCGCAGUACUUCGCGGUGGUGUCGCGCGUGCGCCAGGAGAGCGAGGUAGUGGGGCCCGAGGGUGGCGUGCUCAGCUGCACCGUGGUGCCCGACGUGCGAGCCUCCUUCCCGCAGGGCGCCCUCACCAAACGCAUCAAGGUCGGCCUCCAGGCCCACCCAGUGCCAGAGGACAUGGUGAAAAAGGUCCUAGGCAACAAGGCGGCGUUCAGCCCCAUCGUGACGGUGGAGCCGCGCCGCAGGAAGUUCCACAAGCCCAUCACCAUGACAAUCCCCGUGCCGCAGUCCACGAGCGCCAUCACGGCCGCGAGCGCCGACACGCGGGUCAACGGCUUCAACGAGACUGUGCCCGACACGCCGCCGCCGCUGCGGCUGCUGUGCAGCAUCACCGGUGGAAUUUCACCGGCGCACUGGGAAGACAUCACCGGCACGACGCCUCUCACCAUCACCACCUCAACAGUCUCCUUCACCACCAACGUUUCUGCCAGGUUCUGGCUGCUGUACUGCCGGCAGCCCCCGGAGGCCGUGAACCUGGCCAACCGGCUGUACCAGGAGGCUACCUGCGUACCGUAUCUGGCCACGUUCGUGGUGUUCUCCAAGGCGGUGGAGGCGGUGGAGUCACGGCUGCGCUGCUUCUGCAUGACGGACGACCGCGUCGAUAAGACGCUGGAACAGCAGGAAAACUUCACGGAGGUGGCACGCAGCCGCGACGUGGAGGUGAUGGAGGGGAAGCCCAUCUACGUGGAGUGCUUUGGCAACCUGGUGCCACUCACUAAAUCAGGGCAGCAGCAUUCCUUCAACUUCUAUGCCUUCAAGGAGAACCGCCUGCCCUUCUACGUAAAGGUGCGGGACGCUACGCAGGAACCGUGCGGACGCCUCAGCUUCAUGAAGGACCCCAAGACAACGCGAGGUCUGCCUCAGCAGGCGAUCUGUAACCUCAACAUCACGAUACCUCCUUACAAGAAGGAGAAUGAGUCUGAGAGAGACGAUGAGGAUGAGCAGGAGCGGCUGGGCUACAGGCGGCAGCCCUACACGUCCCUGGCUUUACGUAAGCAUUACGGCAGUCUGAACGCGCUGGGCUUGUUGAGCGGCUCGGAUGGUCUGAGGCCCAGGUCGUACGUGGGGAGUCCAUACGUCGCCAGCCCAUUGCGCGUAAAAUCAGCCGUGGUGUUCCCCGCCACCUCCACCAGCCAGGAACUGCUGAGGGACGUUGGUGAGAUGAGGCGCGACCUCAUGAGGGUCACGUCCAUCCUCAAGAGUGACGGCGGCCUUGCCGGCAUGGGCAAGGAGGCGGUAAGGUCGCCAAAGCUCGACGUCAGGGUCAGGAUGGCUGCGGGUGGCAGGCCGGAGGAGAACGUCAGCGGAGAGCCGUUGGAGAUCAUGGAGAAGGUCAGAGAGGAUCUGGAGAAAGUGAGCGAGAUAUUGAAAAAGGACAACUACGGGGACGUGAGAGUGUUGCAGAGGUCGCAUCAGGAAGAGGGGCGGCUCGCGCGCUUUAUAAACCGAGAGAGUGGAAUUAUAAUCAGUGAUGAAGAAGUGGAAGACGCGAGCAAAAGAUACUCCGCAUCUGUUCGCUACUAUGAUCAGAAGUCUGCAAUGUUUGAUGUUACUGCUGCAAGUCACAAGGGCUCCAUCAAAGACACGACUAAAACUGUUUCUUUUUCAUGUGAAGACAUUAAGAGCGACAUGAAUAAGCGGGUGGGCUUCUACCAAGACUCGUCCAACGAGAGCCACACAAGUGUUGCAGGGCGAAAAGAAUUCCUCGUGAAGGAAAAAGGAUCCAUUUCAUCCGAAGAAAAGAAACUAGGCAGCAGACUUCCAGGUUCAAUUAAAGUCCUUAAUGAGUCUCCACCAUGGUCACCACUGAAAAGGGUGAGAAAUGACGGCGAUCUUGAAAAGCCUUACAACUCCUAUCAAACGGUAUGCAGAAGGGAUGUCCUUAGCAGAGACAGGCCUGAGAGACUGGAUCUGGCCUUUGAGAAAAGGCAGACGAGCAGGCCAGAUGAACAUCCACAUGGCGCUCAAAGUAAAAAUGUGACGUCCUCAAGUCAAGCUAAAUAUGGCCUGCCAGCGGGCAGUGCAGAUUCUGUCAAGUAUGGAGCUUCCAAAGGCACGUGGCAGCCUGACUCCGCUCUGUCGCCCCCUUCAUCGGACCUGCCGCUGAUAUCUCCGGUGGUCGAGGAGAAGCCCAUCGGGCCCAUUCGCGACAAGGUGCGUGCGCUGCAGAUGAGAGUGGAUGCCGAAGCAGAAGAGAAGAAGCGAGGGCUGCAUAAGGAUGCGCACAAAAAAGACGAAGUGGCCACCAGAUACAUGUUGGGAAGAACGACUUCUCAAGGUCAGAGCAGCAGCAGCACGACUUCGCCUACAGCUCCAGAAAUUAUAGAAGAGACCGUGUCUGUGAAGGACCUCAUGAAAGUGUUCCAGUCUGGCAAAGAUCCCUCGAAGGAGCACGCCGGUCUGUAUGAACACAAAUCCUCCUUCUCUGGUGACAGCGCAAGAGGGACGGAGUGGAGACCUGGAACUCCCGAACGGAAGCCAUUAACUCCAGAGUCGCCGAUAAGGAUGCCGUUCAAAAGCUGGAAACCCCCCUCUGACAGCCCAAAGAGAAUGAGCGAGAUCGCUGGCGACAUGGCAAGCCCAACAAGGGCAGCCCGGAGCCACUUUAAAAUGCUGGAGAGUCCAACUCUUCAACGGAAGAUUAAAGGGCCAGAAGACGAGACGAAAGUUUACAAGCGAAUCAUAAUGCUAGACGACGAGGACUGUGGCGAAAAACAAUUCAUGGCGGCAAAAUUUGAGAAUCUACCGCACUCCCCAGAAAGCCCACCUUCACCUGCUCCCCGCAGGAGAUCACCUGUGUCUCCAGAUAGCCAAAGAUCGCCGGUCAGCAGACUGUGCAUUGGCUUGAGGAAGCUGGAGGGCCCAAAUUCACCAGACGAGCACACCACAGAAAGCCAUAAGUCCCCUUUAGGCUAUAGGUCUCCACUGGGUCAUAGGUCACCAGAAGGUAUAAAAACACCCAUAAGUCUACGAUCUCCCACAGGACAAAGAACACCAGAGAAGCAGAGGUCCCCUUUAGGUAGCCGAUAUCAGGGCAUUCUCAAGUCUCCAGAAUGUCAUAGGUCACCAGAAAUCCUCAAAUCAUCCCGAGGUCAGCACACUCCAAUGGGGUGCAGGUCUCCAGACAGUUACAGGUCAAGCGAAAGCCACCGGUCACCUGAUAACCCAGGCUAUCGAGGAGAAGAAGAAGGAGAGUUGACAGCCGACGAGUCUCUCCCGUCGUACCUGGACUCAUCGCACCUGGACACCCCUCUAUCUCAGGAGGAAGACAGUCGCCCGGGCUCUGCCCAACUGAUGACCGACGAGUCGUACCGCUCACUGCGGUACCUCACUCAGCAGUCGGUCGAGUACGUGGAGGAUGAAUUCACGGAAAUUCGCGGGGAGGGUUACCAGUUUGCUGAGAAAAUGCUGCUGUCGGAGUGCACUGAUCAGACCCAUUCAGACAGUGAAGAGACCUUCUUGGAUUGCUUCGCUACAGGGACGGUGAGAAGGGGGUCGAAGGAUGUUCACAAGGAAACGAAGGAGCCUGGCAAGCAGAUGGAUAAAGUCCCCAGACAAUGCGUCUCUCCUGCUCAGAGCAACGCCAAAGGGAAGACGUACCACGACAACGACCCGGCACCCGGAAGCAACCAUCUGAGGGGAUUCUCGUCAGAGAGGAAGGGGUCUCCAGACAGAGAAUCGUAUCGUUACAGAGAAGACCGAGUGGACAAAACCGUCAAGGAGGCAGCCGAGAAGCUCACCGAGGUAUCGCAGUAUUUUCGUGACAAAGCCGAAAAGUUAAACGAUGAACUCCAGUCGCCCGAGAGAAAAAGGAGAAGCCCCGUGAGGCAGGACUCCGGCUUGACGGGGUCUGAACCUGGCAGUCCCAUCAAGCAGGUCUACAAUGUGACCAGGCAGGAGCCUGGCAGCCCAGUUCGUCAGAUGUCCAGCCUGGCUAAAGCCGAGCCAGGCAGCCCGGUGCGGCAAGUGUACAACGUGUCUAAGCAGGAGCCGGUGAGUCCGGUCCGGCAGGUCUCCAGUCUCGUGAAGCCAGAACCAGGGAGCCCGUCGAGACAAGCAUCUCCCUUAGCAAAGCACGAGGUCGGCGCCAGUGCCAGACUGGGUCCUUCACAAGUGCAGGUGGAACCAAAGAGUGGAGACCCCCAAGGGUCCUCAUCCACGAGUCCCGGCAAACAAACGGGGGGACCACCGCCGAGUGCCGAUCACGACAGCACCGUGAAGCCCAGGGUCUUCCCGAGGUCUUCCAUCCCCGUCCGGGAAGGACACGGAUCAGCCUCUUAUAAAGACUACAGGACGAAGCGGAUCACAGAGGCGAGGGAGGCGGUUUUUUUGGAUGAAGAGCAUGACGACGGGCAGUCGGCAAGGGGCUCCAGCAUAAAGCUAGUGGAAAAAAAAACGAUCGAUGUCCAGAAAAGUCCAAGAGUAGCUAGAGUCAUCCAGGAGGAGAAGGUAGACAAUGAUCAAUUCAGGCAGUUCCGAUCACCUCCAUCACAAAGGUUAGAAUCUCACCCUGAGAAAGUGGCCAUCAGCUCUUUACAUGGAAAAUUGACGUCACCAGCGAUCGGCGAUGGACUAAGAGAGGCCCAAUGGAGCAGCGAGAUGGACAAGGAUCACGCAACGGCUCCUGACACUCACUGCUUGGUGCAUUUGGAAGGCGAGUCAUCGAGUUCCAGAGCAGGAUGUACGACAGAAGAGCACACAAAGCAAAAUGCGAGGGCCCACAAAAGUGUUUCGAGGAGUCCCAAGCAUGAAGAUAAAAGUGAAACAAGCCACGUCAAAUCCGAGAGCUCUGGUAAUGGAAGAAAGCAUGAAGUUCAGCGAUCUGGAAAAUAUUCUACCUCCUCUACAACGGAAAGAGCGCAGAAAUCACCCGAGAAAAGGACGUCGCCAUCGACAUCCAGGCGGUAUUACUCUAGAAGCGAGCACAAAACCCAAGUGGCUUCUUCUAAUGCAUACAAGAGAACUAAAGAAAAUGCUGACAUUGACAAGAGCCAGUGGGAUGGACAAAACCGACGCUCCACCACUGACAGCGAACGUGACAUGGAAGAUGACUCCAUGAUCUCCGAGAAGGAGCGCUCCACCGUGGAGGAAAAGGAAGACAUUUCUCCGUCGGCAUGCACCGACGAUGCGGGGAAGGGGAACGAGGGCGACAACGGUGUCGCCAGCCCCGAGCAGUCGACAGUGGAGCCGGGCGCCGCAGAUGCCGUUCGGCUGGAACGGUCGACGAGCGAGAAUGCCGAAUCGGCCGCCUGCCACAGAGCCGUGAGCGACACGGAGAGAGAGAAAGAGGUGGAAUUCAUUAAGCCAAUCAGCGAUGACAAACACGGCAUGAACCUGGGAAAGAAGUCACCGUCCCAGGUCGGUCUGGCCGAUUUCACCGUGCAGGAGCAGCACGGCACUGAGGUGCGCAGCAGAGUGCAGGUUGGCGUGAGCCGCACGCCAAGCGGGGGGGACUCGAACCCAGGUUCGCCGCCAGCGGCAGUGUUAUCAAAAGUGUUGAACCCCGAGGAACAGAAAAUUGUGCAGUGCAGCUCUUCGUCUUCUGACUUUGAGAGGCUGGCCGUGAAGGCGGCAGUCACAUUAUUGUCUGCGGUGGAAGGCUCCGAGCAAUCGGGCGAUGAAGCAAUGGCCAUGGUGAAGUCUCUGUGCAGUGAGGAGAAGAUGAUGGAGCACCUUGCGCUGACCGAAGAGCAAGUAAAAUCGCUCGCGCAGGAAUCUUCCACGUGCCAGACCUUUGACCCCGCCGGUGUUCCUCUCACGGAGAAGGAGAAGAUGCAGCAACUGUUGGUGAGUGAGAGCAAGGCGUUGAUGGAGGCGGAGCACAAGUUCACGACAGACGUGCAGUGCUUCUCAACGACGGUCGACACCCUGACCUAUAGUUCAACGGAGAAAAAGGUCACAGCCAUUGUGACGUCAAAGGAUUUUGUAGGACCUUGUGCUCAGCAGUCACAGGGCAACGUGAUUAAAACUGCCAGUACAUCUGAGACCGGUCCCAAGAAGACUCCGUGUGAAGCCUCGAGUAAACAGUGUGAACCACAGUCUCCUAACCAAGACGUGGACAAAGAGCCUCGGAUGCAUAAAGUUGAGCCCGAGAGUUCUGUUAAAUGUGGCUCUUCACCAAUGCAGCAAAACGACUUUGCAAAGAGACAUGAAGCAUUAGAGUGUAAAACUAAUCGCGGUGAGCUGACAGCUGAACAACGCAAAGCAAACUCUACUCACGAGCCUCCGACCUACGCUUCGGUUUUCCCAACGAAAUCUGGAGAGCCCAGCAGCGCGGUGUCCACACCGGAUCAUCAUCAAAAAGAGAGAACGUUUGAAUUUCCUCCACCUCCUCCCAUCACCAUGCUGGACGAGGAGCAAAUGCCGCCUAUGAUGGAGCUGGCUGGCGAGGAAGGAAUGACGUCUUCAUCCUCGGCAUGUGACUCAGAGGUCACACUGCUGAUGUGCCAUAGGGAGGCGCGGAAGUCAAGGCACGCCGAGCCCAAUAUCAAAGUGCAGCCUCCAUCGCCCGUGCAGUUUAGCGCAGAGGAUCUGAAUCACCCGGCCUCUGCUGAGCCAAAUCGGUCACCCAUCUCCCUCAAGAAGUACACGUUUAAGCUGUUUAACGACGACGAACAGAAAGAAAGAGCCAAGAGGAAGGACGAAGGUGAGAAGACAGCAACCCGUAAAGCCCCCGGCGUCGAUUCAAGGCAAGUGGCAUCAGACGCUCCGGGAGACAGGGAUACGCCACAGGACACUCAGCCGACCGAGCGCUCGUUCACCACCACAGCGGAGUUCUCGCAUGACACCGACGCCACCGAGGUGGACUCUCUCGACGGGUACGAGCUGCCCAGCGAAGAGGACGAAAAUACCGUUGCAGAGGCGAGCAACAACAAUAGGCUGCUCGACUGGGCGGCCGAGGUCCGCGACGCGACCAUGGGCAAAACCGACUGGUUUCCCGUGGACGGGUCGGGCUUUUCCUUACACGACCGCGAGCCACCGCAGGGACGAAAACCUACAAGUGCCCACACAAAAACGGAGGAAUCAGGUGAGAAGCAGUCGGACAGCACCGCAGAGAACUUUACACUAGAAGGCCGUCACCCAGAUCGGACCCCGUUUGGUAAUGUUUAUCCUUUUCCCUCCAACUUAGCGGGCAAGGCGGUGAAGUUUGACCCGUGGACUACAAUUCGCGACGAGGAGGAAGGCCGCAGCGAGCACGGCCACGCCGCGGAGCCGAAGCCGUUCCGGCUCGCGCUGCACAACGAGAGCGUGCAGAAGUCUCCGGCCAACUCCCCUGACGACCUCACCCCGACGGCCCGCACCCCGACCGACCCCGAGAGCACCCCAACGAGCGAGCGCAACAUGUUUCCCUUCCCGUUCCGAGAGGGGAAGAUGUUCGAGAUGACUCGCAGCGGCGCCAUCGACGUGGGCAAGAGGGAGGAGAACGACGUGGCCAAGGACGCGAGGCCGCAGUGCCUGCCCAUUGGUGAGGGAGGCGCCCAGCCGGGGAGCGUGGCGGUGGGGGCUGCGCCCCUGCAGGCAGCUGCUGACACGCCGGCCUCCUCCCCGCAGGGCGCCGAGGAAUCCACGGACCCCUUCAAGUCGUCGCUGUGGACGGAGCAAGAGCUGAAAUCUCUCCGUGGGGCCACGCAGGACCCAUUUGCGACGCUCUGGGACUCUCUUGAGGAAAAGAUAGUAUCGUCCAUGACCACGAAAUCCGAGUCCAAGUCGCGGAUUCCCAUAAAGAUGGGAGUCUCCGCCUCGGCCAAGGUCAUCAAGAAGGACACGUUGAGUGCGGAAGCGCCCGACGAUAAAAAUCCAGACUCGUCCACAAGUUCUGUCGAGUCAGCAAAUGCAUUGGGGACGGAGUUGUGCACGUCGCCAAAGCCAGAGCCAUUAGACGCACAUGCGGUGAACAACGUCAACAGUAAACUAACGUACCUUGAGACCAAGGAAUUUUCUGAUAAACAUAAUUUAGACAAAGCUGUAGCAGACACCAGAAGCAGCAGCAGCAAAGCAUUUGACCAGAGAGCUGAGAGCAGUGGUCGCCCCUUAGCCUCUGGGAGACUUGGAGAGGGGGAUUUCGCACCCAAACCCCUACCUAGAGAGAAACACUCUGCGCAAGAAAGGCAACAGCAAGUCACAGUGGCCACUGCGCAGGGACAGGGCCCAGCAGCUCAGGAUCGCCUGAUUCCCAGACCAGGUGACAAUCCAGCUGCACAGCACCUCUCAGAGUCGUCGGAGCGGGCUAAAGUUCAUGCUUUUCCACACGCUGAGCAAACUGCUCCAAGUCAGACUUCGCUGGUGGGUGAGCAGGGCAACAAAAAGCCAGCACUUUCUCCCAUUAAGCACGCUCCCCACGUAGUGGCGUCGCCCAGCAAGCAGGCAACGAGGGUGGCCGUGGCCUCGCAGCACAGGCCAAGCACGCUGCCAGAGAAUGCUCACAUAGCCAAGUACACCGCUGUGACGGCCAAAGUGAGCCACUCGUCCCCCAAGCACGACACGAAGCAUUCCCCCACCCAUUCGCCCAACAAGGGCCCAAUGCACACUGUUCACACACUCAAGCAGUCCGCAGCACACACUGCCCACGCAUCACCGGUGCAUCCCUCGUCAGAGGCCAUGCACCCUCCCCUGCCCUCAAAGCAGCUGCCUGUGGACUCUGGUCAUCCGGUGCAUUCACAUUCCGCCUCAGGUGAGCAGGCCGUUCAGGACGACUCGCACACGUAUCGCUCCUGCUCGCCUUCUGAACAGUCCCUGACUCAAAUUCCCCUACACGACGAUUUAACGUCGAGCCAAACCUCCAGCGCUUCAGAGCAGAUUCCCCCAGCAAAAUCUGCGCACACGGAGAAGCACAGCACUUCACACGCGGCCAGUGCUGCCGCGACGCACUCCACGUCGAGCACCAAGCAGAUCCCGAGGGCCUUUGACCCACAUGCCGACGUGAACCGAAAGCCACUUUCCACGCACCCCUCUCCCCCGCAUGGCGCGCUUGCCCAGAAGCACCCUCCCGUGCAUGCCGACCACUCCGCGAAGCAUGCCCCCUCCGCGAGCAUGCACGACGCAAAGCAGGUCCCUGUACCGGCGGAGCGCACGUCCAAGUUGCACGGCAGGCCCGGCGAGAGUCCAACGAAGCAGCACGCUUCUUCGCUGGAGCACGUGGGUGCCAAGCGGGUGCCUUCGCCAACCCACAGGCAUGCCACCAAGGCGAGCGUCUCCCCGAGACAUCACGAGCAGGCACAGGUCAGCCCCUCCAAAAGGUACACCGGACAAAUGUCGAGGCAGACCGCUGAGCAGUCGCAAGCUGACAAGUCGAAAUCUAAACUGCCCAUCAAGUCAAAAUAUUCGAGAUCCGAGGCGUCAGGGGUAAGCACUGAGACAAGCGUGUUGAGGGUCGCAGAGGUUAGGAGUAGGGUCGCAGAGGUCAGGACAAAGGUCACGGCAAGUAAGGAGAAAUCUAUAGUGCGAACAAAGUCAGAGUCAGAGCAGCAGAUUAAAUCCAGGAUACCCGUUCGCCACAGGAGUUCGGAUUCCGAUUCGGAUGGAAAAUUCCAAUCGGAAAAGGCUCAGCUGAAAAAAGGGAGACCAUCGACUGCGAAACCAAAAACUUUCCAAUCCAAGCUGCCGGUGAAAGCAAAGCCUGAGCAGACGCAGACGGUCACGGCUUACCCCAUCGUGGACGAAGCGGCAACCUGCAGCCCUGCCCUUCCGGAGGCUUUCCGGCACUCCAUCGAGUACUUCGAGGGCGUCAGCAGGGAGGCGUCGCGGCUCGCCGAUCGGCUAUCCCUGCAGGAGGGCCGGGGCGACGACGCGGCAGCGGCGUCCACGGAGGACGAAGACAGCAACGUGUAUGACGUGUCGACCGAGUCGCCCAACCCGCCCUCGGACGAGCGCUCGCCCAGCAACAGCAGCAGCAGCUUCAGAAGUCGACCCAUCGAGAGCAGCCCGGGCUCGUCGUCCGACGCGACUCCAGCCAAGAACGGAACUACUGCUGGUCACAGUCCGAGUGAGAGGACCAGCUUGCGGUUGUCAGAAAUCGCAGGACAUUUGGGCAUUAGCUGGCCUGAGCUGGCCCGUGAGCUGAGUUUCCACGAGGACCAAAUCAACCGGAUUCGGAUGGAGAACCCCAUCUCGGUGGCGGAGCAGGGCCACGAGCUACUCCGCCAGUGGACGGCGCACGACGGCCCGGCCGCCACCGUGGAGAAGCUGAAAGUGGCCCUCACGCGGAUCCACCGGCUCGACAUCGUGAGCCUCGUGGAGAGAGGGGCCGGACGGGGCGCACGCUCCUACAGCGAGAUCGAGGGAACGAUCGCAUUGGAUGAGUCUGACGGAGUCUCCCCCCCGCCCGAUGAGUUGCCUUCCCCCUUGUUCCCGGGGUCGGCCGCCCGACCCAAACUGAGCUGGGGGCCAGACACGACCGUAGAGGUCAACGGGACACCUCCACUGUCGCCGGUGGCUCCGGGGACGGCCGACGAGGCCGGGCGUAACUUGGCGCCCAUGGUCGCGUCGGAGGAUGAUCUUUCCCUCGGAGAUUCAGGGUUGGACAGUCCUGCCGUGAGCGUGAGGACAGGAGCGAUGCCAGUAGUCAGCCGGGACGGCAUCAACAUGGACGACACAAGUGUGCGGAGGAGAGACGAGGCUGAGCAGCUGGUGGUGGGACAGACCAAGCCAUUUGGAUCUCACAAACACCUGGAGACGGACGGGCCGGGCAGAGGGCUUCACGCCAUGGAUGGAAAACCCGGGGCUCCCAGCAGCAGAGAGAGAGACUGCGGUGGUGCGGUGCCCGCGUGCGCGCCCGACGCCCCCCCCUCUCAAUCCGCACCUCAGUCCGCUUCCGGCUCUGGCUCGGAGGAGGAGCAGACGGUCACCACCAGGGUGAUCCGCCGACGUGUAAUUGUUCAGGGCGACAAGCCGCUGGAUCUCCCUGCUGGGCCUGUGUGUGUGGAAGAAUUUACCGACGAACAGGGAAACCUCGUCACUCGAAAAGUGACGCGCAAACUGAUUCGCCGCGUCACUGCCCCCGACGGCUCAGCGAGGGAAGAGGUCAUCACGCAGGCCACGGACCCUGACGCUUACGCCAGGAUGCAGGCCGGAAGCCUGAACGCAGGGCUCGAAGGACCCCUCACGAGCCGUGCCGAUGAUCGCAUUGUCACAAAGGUCGUCACCAAAACGAUCAUUCAGGGUGAGAGGACAGAGGUGCAUUCUGGGGGUGUGAGAAAGAUAGCAAAUGCUGCCAAGGUCAAAAAAAGUGUUCACAAGAGUAACGGUGCAAAACCGCAGCACUGACUGCCCAAGUGGAGCUUCCACGGAGCGAGGAAGGGCCACACAGCUUGGAGAGGGAUUCUGGAAACGUGCCACACGAGACUGGAAGGCGACUUCGUGCAGCAAAAAAAAAUCAAACGUGUAGAGGGGGAGAGAUGAUUGUGAUCCUUGGUGAGUGCAGAUUGUGAGUGGCUUGGGGAGGCCUUGAGCAAUGCUGCGUUGGGUGUGGCCCGUACUGGGUUAGAGGUACCAUUUAGUGCACUGCAUGAUGCAACAAACAAAAAAAUGCUUUAUUUUAAAUUUCCAUGUUUAAUUUUCAGCCAAAGACACUCUUUCUUGUUGAAACAUUUUUAUUUUUUGUGAAUCACUUUCCUGUAAAAAAAAGUUCAAUAAAAAAGGGGAAAAAAAUUGUCAAACACAAGUUUUGAAGGUCGUAAAAUCCAUUAAUUUUAAUCCACCGCCACAUUGGUAUGUUAUAAGGUGAUUUUGAAAAAAGAAUAAAAUUAUAACUUAUUACUACUACUAAAACUUGUUAUGCUUUAUUAGAGCACAGUAAUUUAGCUGGGCUAAAUGAUGUAUGGUAUUGUAUUGCGUAUUCAAGAGGCGUUGCAGAUUACUGGCCUGGGAUCGGGCAGACAAAUCACACAAUCCUGUAUAUAAGACUGCCAUGUUAUUGCUUGUAACAAUUAUGUUGAUGCAGCCUUGGCAUGGAGGUCAUUACUUCCUUGAGCUUAUUAUGUCCCCCACCCCUCUUAACUUAAAUGGCCAUCAUUGACACACAAUGUAAACACAAACAUGUACAUAGGAGUUGCCAUUGAAUGUACUGUAGUGAUGCCAUGCACCGUGACACUCAUUCUGUAUAAAUCUCACAAGCAAAAAAGGUUUGUUUUAAAAUACCGAAAAACAAAUUUAACAAAACAAUUAUGAAAAAAGUAUGCAUAUUCAGCACUUAUUUGCAAAACUGAGAUCUUGUAUAUGAAGAAUGCAAACGCUGCCAUCACAAGAUCAGCUGUAAACAAUGCUUGUAUUUGAGUUUUCAUCGUUCAAAUCGCCAUUAUACACACGAUAAGCGCUGAAGCACUAUUUAAAGGGACGAAAUUACGUUUGAGAAAAUUGCCAAUUAUCAUGCCUGCUGCAUGCACUUCUACAUUAAAAAGAUGUAUGUAUGAUGACUCACUUAUACUGUAUAACUAAAUUGCGUAGUUACUUGUGCGUUCUGUGGACUUAUUUUCAGUGGCUGGGAUUUCUCUUAUACAAAAGCAUUCAUCUCUUUAAUUUUAAUGAGAAGGAAAAUAAACUGCGUUUUGGGGUCAAUACGAGAGACGGAAAGUGCACAUUUUGGUUGGCCACGCACUUGAUGGCAGUAAGCCAGCCCCCACUUACUCCCAGAACACACAGACGUUUGCAUGGGUUACCUAUCCCAUUCUGAGUAAUGCUUCAUUUUAACCAACGUCAACUCAAAUAGGACUUGUUAUUUUAUUUUACAUGUGUACUUUACGUCAAUGCAGCUGUUGGUUUAGCCGCCUGUCAACAUGUUGGCAUUGACAAGGUAAUAUUCUCGAAUAAAAUAAUUUUCCAAACUUGGUCAUCUUUGGAUGGAAUAUCAAAACAUCGGUAAGGGCUGUUCAUUGCAAGCAAUUAUGGUUUUAACGUGCAGGCAAAAAUGAAAAAAAAAUCAAGAGUACAUUACGGCUCAAGUGGAAGUUCAUAGUUUGUGUGUAAAGUACAAUAUAUAUUUUUCCUAUAACUUCAGAAAGUGGAGCAAGUACUGUACUUUUAUUUGUCCAGAAAAAGAUUGGAAAGUGCCUAAAAAACCAAAAUUCCCAAAAUUGAACCGUAGGGUUUUUUUUAGAGCUUAGUUUGUAUGACUAAUAACCGCACUUCCCACCGUCCCUUGAACUGUGGUCACUGUCUGUGAAUCAAAAACACGCCUGCUCACCACCCACCACCACCACCCCCCACACACACACUAUAGCGCGCGUCUGUUUGUAAAAAAAAUUAAACAAAAAAACAUUACCACUUGCGGGCAUUUCAAUUUAGGUAAAAGGGUCAUUUCUGUUUGCUUAUUUCACUUUGCUUUGUUAAAAAUCCUGCUUUAGUGGGCUACAUUGAAAUGCGUAAUUUAUGAUGAGAUAAUUGUAGUGAUAAUGGAACAUAGAUCACUGACUUGUUACUCACAAUAAAGUAUUUGUGUCUUAAA